UUUGACAAGCCUCGGCUUGCCUGAGCCAAAAUACAAAAAGCCAAACACAGAACUCUGUAGUUACUUUUACUUGCCUGUGCAGCUGCGCUGAUUCUGACGAUUGCUAUGUUUCUGAGUGUCUAUAUUUUGUAGCUCUCUAAUCUCGGAGUUAUGGAGCAAAGCAGAUCCCCGAGACAGAAUCUGUGCAGCUGGUUCUGCGCGUACUUAUAAGUAGUCUGUUUUGUAGAUUCUUAGUCCGAAGUCAGCGAACGAAAUUGUUGCUGGCAGAACUUGAAGACAAAAGUAAUUAUUCCACUCGUUAUCUACAAUACACGUAUUGUUGAAUGAUCUGAUUAGUAGCAAUGGCGGAUGCGUGGGGACGUAUACAGUGCUGUGUAGGACGUUUUACUGCCAACAGUACUGAGAACGAAGCUGUGGAAUGCAGCUCCGAGACGUUCACCAUCGGACGAUCCAAGGACUGCUCUCUGCGCAUCACCUGGUCCAAGUGUGUAUCAAGCAGGCACUGCGUUCUCACGCGCAAAUCAUCGUCUGGUCGCGUUGAAGUGAAGGAUGUAUCCACCAAUGGCACACUGCUCAACGGCACCAAGCUAGUAAAAAAUAAUCCUGUGCAAAUCGACUCUGGGGAUACAGUGGCAUUGGUACAGAAACGUGAGGACCCCAGUCAAAAUCUCUCCUUUCAGUUCUUUCUGCUGAACAAUGACGAUUCAGAUGCCACACAAGACUUCGCCAUUGAAAGUUGCAACAGUCCUGUCGCCGUUGAUGCUGCUGCUUCCAGUGAGCCCCUUGUUGUUACCGGCCAGAAGCGUAAGGCAGGCGAUGACAGUGAGCAGGAUGGUGGAGUAGCAAAGCGCGCUUUCACAGGCGGUCAUAUGGCUGACUCUGUCCACUCAAAUUCGUCUGCAGGGUCAGGUGCGUUGAACACUGCUCCAGUUGACACUUCCAAUCCACCUACGACCGCGUCUUCCACGGCCAAGUCUAGCUCGCCGGCUGGUGAUAACGCCUCGAGUUCUGCGACUGCUGCUGCCGAUGCAAUGUUGGAAAACAUGAUGUGCGGCAUUUGCCAGGACGUUCUCCAUGACUGUGUGUCGCUGCAACCGUGUUUGCAUGCGUUUUGCGGCGGCUGCUACUCGCCAUGGAUGCAAAGGGCCAAGAACUGCCCGCAGUGCCGGCAGCGUGUGGUGGCGGUGCGCAAGAACAACAUUGUGAACAACCUGGUGCAGCUGUUCCUCCAGCAGAACCCCAGUCGGCGCCGCGACGCAGCCGAGCUAGCCGAGUUAGACAAGGCGAACACGAUUAAAGACGAGACAGUGCAGGUGAGCGAGGCCCGAAACAAGAGGGAUCGGCACGACGACGACGAUGGUGAUGAUUACGGGGAAGACAGUGACGAUGAAUAUGACUAUGAUGGCUAUUCAGAUGACUACGGCUAUUCAGAUUAUGAAGACGAUGACGAUCCUAUGAACCAGCUACCACCAGCAGCAAGAGCAACAGCAGCACUAGAAAACCUUUUCAACCGUGCCAAUCCUGUGGGCAAUCCAUUUGGCCGUGCCGCUGCCGUCUUGCCACACAGUGUGUGUCGCCAGUGUCCUGGCUACAUCGGGCCUUUUCGCAUGCCUGUGACAAAUGCACUGGCUGCUGUCACUGCUCCUACCUCUACAGGCACUGCAGCUAGCAGCGUAUCUGGCACCACGACGACUGCAGCAACUACAGCAGGAGCAGCAGCAAGUGGAGCUGAAGAUGCGGAUUCUCGGAAAGCUAGUGCAUCAAGCACACCCACCACAGCUAAUCCAGCAGUGGGGAGCACGGCAGCAGCAGCUGUAGGCGCCACGGCAGCAGCAGCUGUAGGCAGUGCUAGCAAUGACGGUCCAGGCACAAGCCUACCUGGCAUAGUCACCUCGUUCCAGUGCAGCACGUACACACGCCAUCUCCUGUGCCAGUGCUGCUUUCAGAGCAUGCCGGAUCGACGAAACGAGCGCAGUGCUGAGCCAAUCCCACCACAGGAGUGUGCUCUGUGCAAGCAGUUUUAUUGUCAUCAAUACUGGACGUGCAAGCGCGUUGGCUGUGCUGGCUGUCUCAACCAAUUCCAGCAGAUGAAGUUCCCAGAUAACGUUCUUUCACAGCUUGUCAACAAGAAUGCUGUUGAGUCCAAGGUUUUGACCGAUCACCUCAAGGCAGAGGGGAAGACCACGUCCAAUCUGCUUCAGGAGUGCGUCAAGAAGCUCGGUGAUGGUGUGUAUUCAACGCAGGAUUCGCAGACCGGCAGGCUGACCGCGGAGGCGGUCCUGUGUUUCCGUUGUGCAGUGCGCAAUCUUGGCGAGCUGGCUUUCCAGUAUCGGCGAGACAUUCCGGCCGCGUCGCUCCCGGAGGCGACUCGCCGUCGUCCUGAUUGCCACUGGGGACGCGAGUGCCGCACGCAAUGGAACAAACCGCACCAUGCGGAGCGCUUCAAUCACGUCUGCCUCCGCACUCGCUUUGAUUAGCUCUGGUAUCGGUGGUAGCAGCAGUGGUGGUAUCAGAUGGUAUUAGCAAUGUGUAGUACCCGACACUGUUGCGUGGGCUGCUGGUACUGCUUGGCUGGACUUGUGGAGCAGCACAAUUCAUUCACUGUGUCAUCCGUGCACAAUCGCUGGACGAUGGUGCAUUCUGCUGUUGCUACAUUGCUUUUGUUCAUGGGUCACGUUUCCUAUUAUUUGGUAAGUUUUGCAAACGUAUGAAAACUGUGCAAGUGUUAUUCGUAGUGUUGUUUGUGCUUUACAUUGAUUUUAACUUUACACUGGUCUUGUUGCGGCUCUCACUGUUGUUGUCAUCGUCGUCUUCCACAUUGUCGUUGUUCUUCUUGCUGUUGAUGCUGUGAUUGUGGUGGUGUGGGUCGUACCAUGCUAAUGGUGGUAGAGGUCGUAGCCAUGGUGAUGCUUGUAUUAUAGUUUCCACUUUCUGAUGAUCUCCUGAAGAAGAAAUGAUAUUACGAUGGUCAUGGUCAUGGUCAAUAGUUUCCUUCGUUAUUCUUACCACAAGUGUAACUGGGAGAGAGCAGGCCUGCUCGUACAUCAUGUCAAGUAUAACUUAUGGUUUAAUUACUUUUGUAGCGCAUUUGUGCUUGUGCUUGUGUUUCUUGCUAAAGUUACGUGAUUGACGGUUUGAGUCUAGUCGAAUUUCGCUACAAGGAAGAGAAGUCGGAACAUUGAA